AAACAGAAGCGGCGGAAAUGACAACAUCUUAGGAAGAUCUAUUGUUAUCAUUUCUGCGAAUAACGCUGAAGCCCAGUGGCUCAUAACACAUAUAGCUUUCUGAUCAUCGAGAAGGAAUGAUGGAUGACUCGAAACCAGGAGAUGAUAUUGAUGCCCGCAGACAAGGCGAUGGGGCACCUGAUGACGGCCCUGAUGCUGGCCCCACACGAAGGUUUAUUGGCUCGCCAAUGGAAAUGGGGGAGUCUGGGUUUUCACCUGCAGAUGCUUACAGAAUGGACUACCCAGAGAGAGGCUAUGCCCUCAUAAUUAAUAACCGUAAAUUCGCGUCUCACCUAAGAAUGCCAGAGAGGCAUGGCACAGAUGUUGAUGCCGCUGGACUGUACCAGGUGUUCACAGACCUACAGUUUAAAGUGGACCUAAAACACAACAUGUCUAAAAAAGACCUUCUAGAUUACUUAAAAGAGGUAUAUACCUGCUCAUCACUCAUCUCUGCUGCCGUUGAUCAUUCCCGGUUUGACUGCUUUGCCUGUGCUAUUUUGACACACGGAGAAGAAGGGAUUAUCUAUGCAACGGAUGGCACAAUUCCCAUCACAGACAUAGUGGAGCCAUUCAAGGGGCAUAACUGCAGAAGUCUGAUUGGCAAACCUAAACUCUUCUUCAUUCAGGCCUGCAGAGGGACGCGUUUAGAUCAUGGUGUCGAGAAGUCUGACGGGGCAGGAGAAGAGACGAUGGAUGAAGUGGACGCAGCUACAGUACACAGGAUACCGUCAGAGGCAGACUUUCUCAUGGCCUACUCGGUGGUGCCAGGUUUCUUCUCUUGGAGGAAUUCAACCAAUGGCUCAUGGUUCUGCCAGGCCCUCAUCCAGAUGCUGAAACAGCAUGGCAAAACCAUGGACCUGCUGUCUGUGAUGACCAGAGUCAACAGAAAGGUGGCUUAUGAGUUUGAGUCCAACGCCGCUAAGGCACACAUGACCAACAAGAAACAGAUUCCCUGUAUAACAUCAAUGCUGACGAAAGAUCUGUACCUAAGACCAAAAAGUAGCCUGCCUCCCAACAGGAUGGAACCAGUUCAUGAAUACUGCAUGGACCAUGCGUCACGAGGUUUGGCAGUUAUCAUCAACAAUCGCCAUUUCCAACACCCGGACUGGGGGGAGAGGCGAGGUACUGAUGUGGACGCUGUCAAGAUGAGGCAAGUUCUUACUAACCUCGGGUUUGAGGUCAGACUUUACCAGAACGAGACGGAAGAAGGCUUCCGGGAAAUCCUCGCUGAAGCUGUUCAGUACGAUCACCACAACUCGGAUUGUUUCGCCUGCGUUGUCCUCUCUCAUGGAGAAUCCGGUUAUGUUUACGCCACAGAUGAAAUCAUUCCAUUGUCCAGUAUCUUUGAACCCUUUACGGAAAAGAACUGUCCUGGUUUGCGCGGGAAACCCAAACUGUUCUUCAUACAGGCAUGCCAAGGCAAACAGUUGGACGACGGCGUGGAUUUUGUGGAUGAUAGGGACAGCGUGGACAGUGCUUUGGAAACUGACGCACCCAUCGGAGAAGGAAUAGCGGUCGUACCUGAUUUUCUCGUCGUCAGUUCUUCUGUACCAGGCUACUAUUCUUGGCGAAACAACGUUCGGGGAUCUUGGUUUUGCCAGUCCUUCUGUGACGUCAUCAGUCGCCUGGGCGAUAGGAUGGACUUGUUACGGUUACUGACAAGGGUGAGCAGGAAGGUGGCUUACGACUUCCAAUCGGUGUCCCAUUCCGUUCCGGAAAUUCACGCCAAGAAGCAGAUUCCCUGUGUGAUUUCCAUGCUGACCAAAGACUUGUACUUCCGCCCGAAACGUUAAACAAACAUUCGACGGAUAGAAGCAGUCAAUCAAAAAUAAAUCAAUCAAACAGCUGGUUAAACAUUUGUAAGCAUAAGUCAAGCUACCAAAAAAAGAAAAUAUUCAAAUGUGAUAAUUUUGUGCAAUGUUUCAUCAUAAUCUUAAACUUUUAAAUGAAUAUGUUCAUUUUCAAAACACUGGUUUAUUUCAAGAAAUUUGUAAAAAAAAUCUUUCUUUUAGUGUAUGUCGUUAUACGUCUGUGGCAUCGCAUGGGGUAUUCUGCAGAGUACUAUCUGGAAAUGAUAUUUCUAUUGCUCAUAUUUAUACAUGCACUUUUUGUAACCGAUAUGAUCCGUGUAUUUUCGACAUUUUGUAUCAUUCACACACAGGGUAACACUUCAAAUAACUGGUCUAGCUCGCUGGUCAUAGCGGUAUAUAUUUAUAUAAUUUACUGAACAUUUUUUACGCAGUAUUCCUUCCACUAGAACUAGAUUUGAAUUCACAGCGAUCUCAUUGGUGAGAGGCCGAAGUCAUUGUCCUGUGCUAGCAGGCUAACUACUAUACCACGGAGGCCAGCUUUUGUGUUUUAGUUAGGCAGAGGUAAAUUACAUAGAACACAACUGUUAAUUUAAUUCGAAAAUGGCAUGUUAAGAUUAACUAUAUAAACCAUCAUAGUCUCGAAACAUCCUGUCUAUUCAGAAUGACUGAGUGACUUUCUGCAUUGGUACGACUUCAGCAGUGUUAUUAACAAUUUGAGCAAUUACAACCCAGUCCAAGGUAAAAUUUGACAUGGUC